CUCACCAUUUACCAGCUUGUAUCCGAAUUCAUCUCAGUAUUUUCUUCAUAAGCUCUCCCCCAGGAACCUAAUACCAAAUUUAUUGCAUUUCUCAGUGGAUGAUUAUUAAUUCACGAGCUAGAUUUUGUAGCAUCUGAUUUUGAAUUCCAUCUCCAGAAGUUAAAAACACCCUCAUACCUUCAAAUUUACCGCUACUGUCGGCUGCAUUUACUGUUGUUUUACCCAAUCUUCUUUGUGCAUUAUGCUAUUUUCAUGCUUUCGCUAUUGUUUAAUUUGAUGAUUUGCCAGCAUCUUCUCUCCACCUAACCUUUGAAGUGAGGGAAGUUAGUGGUGCUACAUUUGCUUAAAUCAUAUGGCUGAGAGACAUUCUGUUGAUCAACAGCAAAAUCCUCAAUCGCAGAUGCAAUCGCCUUCUUCAAUGGCUGACAUGAUUGCCUGUGUGAUGGCGCUAGAGGCUGCUUUGCUUCUCUGCUUGCCUGCAAGAGAGCUCCAGGCAAUAGACCGUUCAGCUCAUCCUUAUCAUCAGAUUGAUGUUGAGAGACAUGCCAGAGAUUUCAUGGAAGCAGCGAAAAAACUUCAACUUUAUUUGAUUGGGUUGCAACGCGAGGAUCUGCCUUCCAAACCAGAUAUGCUUAGAAAGGAGAUUGCAAAAAUGGAAGAAGAGUUGAAAACAAAGACUGAGCUUAUAACUAAGCAAGAGAGACUGCUUCAAAAUUGGAGGAAUGAGUUGAAGGACCAAUUAGACAAACACAACAUUGAGUUGGAAAUGGUGUAAACUACUGCAGAUCUGUAUGAUGUAAACUAGUAUACAGAGUUUCUUUUUAGCGGGAUAGUUUUGUAGCCAUUUUUUGCUUCCUCCAGUAGAAGAAAAGGGGAACAAUGUUAGUGUGAUAUAAUCAUCGGAAACAUUAAGAUGAUUGUAAGUACCCGUGAUUUCCAAAAAAAAAAUCUGGAUAUGCCUUUGCGGAUUUUAAUUGGAGAGACCCAUAAAUUGCCAUGUA